AUUUGUCUAUUGUGGACUCAACCUAAAAGAUGUGUAUAUAAAAGUCAUAAAAGUUUAAAGAAGAAUUUUAGAAGAAAUUCAGACUUUAAAAAAUGGUUAAAAUAAAAUAAGAUAAAUUGAUGGACAGCUUACAAAAAAGUUAAUAUAUAAUCUGCAUCUACUUAAAUGUCAAUAAUGAACAAGAGACAUAUUUUUCUACUUACUAACCAUAUUAAAUGGAUACAUCUAUCUCGCCGCACAUUUUUAGAAAGUCGUUUAACCGGUUAAAACCACCGUCAACAGGGGUAAUUAUGGAACAUCAGAGAUUUCCCCGUCUCUUACAAACCUAAUGAAAUCGAAGAAAAAUGGUACCGGCUUUGGGAAGAAAAAGGCUACUUUAAAGUAAAAAGUGAUAGGGAUGUUCAUUACACGAUGAUUCUUCCACCGCCUAAUGUAACUGGUACUUUACAUUUAGGACAUGCCCUAACAACAACAGUUCAAGAUAUUAUUGCUAGAUGGCUUCGAAUGAAGGGUGAUUCUGUAUUGUGGAUCCCAGGCUUAGAUCAUGCUGGGAUCGCCACUCAAGCAGUUGUUGAAAAAUAUUUAUUUAAAACUAAAGGCAUUAAACGACAUGAUAUGAGUAAGGAUGAAUUUUUGUCUUUUAUUUGGAAAUGGAAUGAUGAUAAAGGGUCUGCAAUAAAUCAUCAACUAAGAAAAUUAGGAGCUAGUUUGGAUUGGUCACAACAUUUCUUUACAAUGAGUAAGACUCAUAAAGAAGCAGUUUCAAAAGCAUUUAUUACUUUACAUGAGCGUGAUUUAUUAUAUCGAGAGAAAGAUAUGAUAAACUGGUCUCCUUCAUUGCGUAGUGGAAUUUCUGACAUCGAAGUCGAUCAUAUUCGCGUUAUGGGCAAAACAGAUCUAGAAAUUCCAGGAUACAAGAAAAAAGUCACAUUCGGACAAAUAGUGGAUAUAGCUUACGAAUUAAAAGAUUCAGAUGAAACAAUUAUUGUGUCCACUACCAGGCCAGAAACAAUUUGCGGUGAUGUAGCUAUUGCUGUUAAUCCCAAUCAUAGUUCGUACAGUCGAUAUAUUGGACGUUUUGUAAAACAUCCUUUUAAAGAUUCUUUUCUGCCCAUAAUAGCUGAUGAUUCAGUUUCAAUGGAAUUCGGAACUGGUGCUAUGAAAGUUACACCUGCUCAUGAUAUCGAAGACUAUCGUAUUGCCAAUAGACAUAACUUAGAAAUUGUUUCUGUAAUUGGUGAUGAUGGAAAAAUGACCGAACAUGCUGGAAAUUUUCAGGGUCUUGCAAGGUAUGUUGCACGCAAUAGGAUAAUUGCGGAAUUAUCUGAAAAGGGACUUUUAAAAAGCAUACGCGAUCAUGAAAUGAUAGUUCCUAUGUGCUCACGAACAGGUGAUAUUAUUGAAUAUAUGUUAAAGGAACAAUGGUUUUUAAAGUGCAAAUCAAUGGCACAACUUGCAAUGAAAGCUGUUCAUGAUAAAUCUUUGAGACUGGAUCCACCUUUAUAUGAGGAAGCUUGGUUUAGUUGGCUCGAAGGUGUAAAAGAUUGGUGCCUAUCUCGACAAUUAAUAUGGGGACAUCGAAUUCCUGCCUAUCAAUGUGAAUAUGAAAAUAAAAGUACGUGGUUUGUUGUGUCAUCUGAAGAAGAGGCACUAAAAUUAGCUAGAGAAAAAUAUGGCCAUGAAGUUAAAGUUGAACAAGAUAACGAUGUAUUAGAUACGUGGUUUUCCUCUGCUUUAUUACCCUGUUCUGUAAUGGGAUGGCCUAAUCAAAAUGAAAAUUUUCAGAAAUUUUACCCUUUGUCACUUUUAGUAACAGGACAAGAUAUUUUAUUCUUCUGGGCAGCUAGAAUGACUAUGUUAGGAUUAGAAUUAACUAACAAUUUACCGUUUAAGGAGCUAUUGUUACAUGGAAUUUUGUGUGACGCGCAUGGAAAGAAAAUGUCUAAAAGUGCUGGAAAUGUAAUUUCUCCGGAAAAUGUUAUAAAUGGCAUUAAUUUGAGCAAUCUCAACAAGCAAGCUCAGGAAAGUCAUGAUUCGGGAAUACUUAGUCAGAAAGAAUUAAAACGAACUUUCUCUGUAAAUAGUAAAACAUAUCCCAAAGGUAUUCAAGAAUGUGGUGCUGACGCUUUACGGUUCACUCUGUCUUCUCUCAAUGUGAAAAAUUUAACUAACAGUUUUAAUGUAGAACAAUGUGUUGCAAAUACGUUCUUUUGCAAUAAAAUCUUGCAAGCAUGUAAAUUUACAUUGCGCAUGACCAGUGAAGAUUAUAUACCAAUUCCAACUGAAUUAAGUACUUUGGAUAGUUGGAUUUUGAGUAGAUUGGCACAUAUGGUUAAGAGUGUUAACGAUGCCCUGAGUGAAAAAUCAUUGAAUAAAGCAACAGCAGCAAUAAAACAAUUUUUAUACUACGAAUUUUGUGAUUACUACAUAGAAGGAACUAAAUUAGGAUUUCAAAGUAAUAAAAAUAAUCUUAUAUUAGCUCAUCAAUUUGCUCUUAUUACGAGUCUAGAAGUAUCACUUAGAAUACUGGCACCAUUUACUCCAUUUUUAGCCGACGAAUUGUACAUGAAGAUGUCUCAAAAAUGUCCAAAUUUCUCAUGUUUUCAAUCCCUGAUGGAAGCAUCUUAUCCUGCAUUCGAAGAGUUGCAGGAAUAUGAAAAUUUAGAUUUAGAGGCACAAAUGAAUGUUGUAAUUGAUUCAAUUAAUAGAAUCAGAAGUUUGCUGACUGAUGUGAACAAAAAGUUACAUUUUGAAGUUCAUAUUGUCACAGAGUCUUCAAAAGAAUAUGAUAUGCAUUCUAAGAAUAUAAAUGUUGUAAAAGCAGUAAGCAAAAUUGAUAAUGUAAAAGUAUUACCCUCAACUAACUAUGUAAAAAGGAAGAAUAAUUUAUGUGACAAUACAACGCCUACUUGUUCGAUUUAUCUUAUUGUGGAGGACGAUGCAGUGUUUGAAGAACUGCAUUGCAAAUUAGAAAAGAGAAGACAAAAUAUAGAAAAAAGAAAACAAAAUAUGGAAAAAAAUUUGUUAAUGAAACGUGACUCUAAAUCUACGCAUGUAAAUGAACAGUCGAUUUGAUAAAGUCUUACUUAAAAAAACCGCUGCCAAGUUGUACAUUCUUUUUAUUA